GCCACAACAGAAGCCACCGAGGACCCGAUCACAGCCCAGCUUAGUUGGUUUCUUACGUUGCCUUCACAUCUCACGACAGUGGAAACGCACUAUAUCAGAUAGAGGAAGAGAGCUCCAAGUACAGCCAUCCAGACCGAAGGUGUCAUCAUUCUUGCUUCUUUCUCAGCUAGAAUCUAGCUCGAGUUUCGAUCUUUAGCUCGGGGGAGAGAGAGAUGGGCAACAUCUGCGGGAUGAUGGCGAGUUGGUUCCUGGGCGAGAAAGGGGGCGCGGGCGGCAUCGGAACCGGGAACUGGACUCAAGAAGAGAACAAGCUAUUCGAGCAUGCCGUGGCGAAAAGGAGGUUCGACAAGGACACCCCUGACCGCUGGGAAAAGGUGGCGGCGUAUAUCCCCGUGAAGGCCGUGAGGGACGUCGUGAGCCAUUACCGGGACUCGUUGGACUACGUGAGCGAGAUAGAAGCAGGUUGGGUCCCGUGUCCUGGCCACGACUCUUCUUUGUCGAUGCAGCCUCCAUGCGUCGGCGGGAAAAGAGCAGCAUCGGAUCAAGAGAGGAAGAAAAGAGUUCCCUGGACCGACGAGGAGCACUGGCGAUUUCUGCUUGGUCUCAAAAAAUAUGGGAAGGGGGAUUGGAGAAAUAUUUCUCGGAAUUUGGUGACCAGCAGAACCCCUACUCAGGUGGCUUCUCAUGCCCAAAAGUACUUCAGCAGACUGGAAGAUAAGAGGAGCUCCGGCAUACAUGACAGUAGUACGGCCAAAUUGCUGGAUAACAGGCCUCCUUCUCCAUCACAGUCAUCUAGCUAAGUUCAUCGGCGCAGGGGAGGCAAUUCGUGCAACCAAAUGAUGGAGUGACACCUUAUGGUAUGAUGCUGGAAGAUCAUGCACUUCAGAGUGGCACUUCUCCUUUAUAUUUGAGAUGCAAUAGAGUCAUCAUUCCCACCAUGGAUGAGAUACUAUUUCUCACUGGCCUCUAAAUAACUCACCUUGUGCUAUCUAUGUCAUGGCAUUGUCCGCUAUAGAAAUAAAAGAUGUACCUGCAUCAAAGACAA